UGUAUGCCUGAUAUCGAAGAAAAUAAAUAUAAUAAUUUAAAUAAAAUCUAAAGGAUUAAGUUACGUGCCCAAAUAUUAAUUGUAAUAUAAUAGUAUUUAUUUUUUUAAUAUAUAUUUUGUUACCAAAUGGCGCAAGAACUAAAGGAAUUGUGUCAUUUAUUGUUUCCCGAUUCUACGGAAGAAUCAUUGGAGAAUUUUAAUGAAAUCAAUGACUACAUAAAAAAGUUAGGCUCACAGAACUGGGAGUAUGUUCGUAAAGAGCCGGAGAGAUUAACCGAGGAAAUGAAACAAUUGACAGAACAGACACAGGAAUUGGCUUUCACCAAUUACAAAACCUUUGUUGAGACAGCAGAGACCUCAAAAACUAUAAUGAAGGAUUUGGGAAAGUCGAAAGAGUCACUGGAUCUAUUUCUGAAUAUGACACCUAAUUUCUUACAUGAAUGUGAGAAAUUUUCACAGAUUGUUGGGAAUAUUGUCAAAGAGAAAAGCCAGUACAGUGGUAUUCGUAAUCAAGUUGACAAAAUGUUGGAACUUCUAGAGUUGCCAUCCAUUAUGCGAGAAGCUCUUAAUGCUGAAGACUAUGAGAGCGCAUUGGAUAUAUUUACAUUUGUUCGUAAUUUAUCAAAAAGAUAUUCUGAGAUACCUAUAGUGCAAAAUACAACUUCAGAAAUAAUGACACUGUGGUUUGAAACUUUAUAUCACUUAUUUAAUCAACUUCGUUAUGAUUUGCCUUUACCACAAUGUUUGCAAAUUUUAGGAUAUCUUCGUAGAGCAAAUACAGUAUACCGAGCUACAGAUGAUGAAGAGAAUGGGUUGCAAUAUGUAGCAGGGAGUAAAAACAAUAUCUUUACAUCAGAUGGGUUACAUUUACAUUUUUUAAAGGCAAGAAAUGCAUGGUUUCAAAAAGCUUUAGAGGAUGCUAAGAAUACCGAAACUCCUGAGAAAUUAUUGAGGAAAAUUGUGGAACUGCAUAGAAUUCACCUUUUCAAUGUAUUAACUCAGCAUAAAUCAAUAUUUCUAUCAGACACCCAAGAUUCUAAAAUAAAAGAUGAAGAGUUAAAUGGGACAAGUGCUCUUUCAUGCUGGCUAAAAGAAAAGGUGGAAAUUUUAGCUCACAUAUUGAACCAAGACCUAUUGAGGGAGGAUGAAUCAAGCUUUGAGGCCUUAUUAAAUCAGUGCAUGUUUUUGUGUCUGUCCUUCGGGAGAGUAGGUGCUGAUAUGAGAUGUGUGUUGACACCUUUAUUCCGAAAUAAUAUUCUGUUGCAAUUAAAUAGUGGUCUUGAAAGAGUGGUUAGUCAAUUAGAGAAGCAAAUGCGGUCAUACAAGGUACCCAGUAUUAAGAAUGUGCCACGACCAGUGAAUGAAAACAUGGCAUCUGGUCCUCCAGAGAACUUACUUGAUUACUAUCCUUUAGCUGAGUUUUGUAAUGGUUUAUUGACUGUACUGAAUUCACUGAGGAUUACUGCCCCAUUAAAUAUCGUUAAAGAUGUUUACAAAGGAUUUAGAAAAUCAUUAGAGAAAGCAGUCCACAUAUUAGUAGCAUUUUAUCAUAAGGAACAACAGAGCUUUUCAGACAUUGAGAGACAAAACUUUGUUUUGUUUUGUGUAAGUUUCUGUGAAGAUUUAGUGCCUUACAUAACGAAAUGUUUAUCACAGUCUUUCCCAUCCACACAGAUAGCAGAGUUGUUGGGGAUUACGUUAUCAGUUUUACAAGAAAGUAAAAUUCUUUAUAUAGACCAAAUAGUUAUCUGUGAGCGCCUUGGCCCUAUAAUAAAAUUACCAAUUAAUUAAUCUAUUCUACAAAAAAUAAUUUUGUGAUCAUAAUACUAUUAUUCUAUAUGGGAUGUGAUGAAAAGAUAAAUGUAAUAUGUUAUAUCGAGUAAGAGAUUUUUAUAUUAUUAAAGUUAGUUAUAUAGUUGCGAUUUUUACUGUCUAAAAAUAUUUGGUUUAUCCUGAAGUUGUGGUGUGGUAGCGACACAAACAACUGGGGCUGCAAAUUCGAAUUUGGCAAAUGAACACAGAACUCAUCAUUACCGCGUCGUUGACAACUUGACCACUGAGACGUCAAGAAAAUUGUAAUUGUAAUAAGUAAAUAAAACAAUAUUAAUUGGACAAAUUGUAUGUUAAUAUGUAUAUUCAAAAAUGGACCGGAGGGGGAGGGCCGGGGCAAUUCUUGGGAGGCGGUAGUUUUUAAUUUUGGCCCCGCCUCUAAAUAAUGAAGAUCCGGGGCUGAAGUACCAGAGAUUAUGUCACAGUUCAGAAUAAAAGCAUUCCUAUAUUAUUAUCAAUCAAUGUAGAACAUUUUAGUUGCUUCUGAUCCGGAA